AGUUGCAGAGAGCUCCCCCACGUCACAGCCCAACACUGAGGCAGAUUCAGCUGACUCCUCUCCAAGUGGACCUGCCAUCCUCAUCACAGCUCCAUCGCGAGAAGACAUCUACGCCUCACCGUCCAACAUGACUAUAGCUGAUGCCAUUAAAGAGCGGAGGCCUUCUUCCACACCCUUUGUAGUGGGGAAGAAGUUCAUGACCAGACAGUAACUCAACAUGUCCUGCCACAGAAGGAUUAGGAAGAAUCAUUGCCCAUACCCUGACCCAGAGAGACUACAACCCAGUUAAAUCUGGGAUCCCGCUGCUUCAAGUUUGACCGUUCUUUUAAAAACUUCUCUCUGUCUUCCAAUAAGGACUGAAAUGGACUUCACGAGUUGCAGAACCACAGAAGCAAUGUGUUUCCAUCGUAGACCAGUGUGGUCCCUGCUGACACUCCAGCAAAGCGCUCAGUCUUCCUGACUUCCUGUUGGUGGCCCCAAACAAAACACAAUGGCGGCGCCCAGCGGAGCCAGCUGCUGCGUGUAGAGUUAAAGCCAUAACGGGCGUUACUCUCAUCUUCUGAGGCUGAACACGACCUUAAAUUAAAGAAUGGAAACCGUAGGAGAGGACGAACCGGACCCUAUAAAGCUCAAAUCCAUCAAGAACAAUAAAAUAUUCACAGUGCCUCAAAAUGAAAGGUUUGGGAGCUGCAGAAGUGUCAGAGAGUUUGAGAAACUCAACCGCAUAGGAGAAGGAACUUACGGCAUUGUGUACCGAGCUCGAGACACCAAGUCAUAUGAGAUUGUAGCAUUGAAGAAGGUUCGGAUGGACAAGGAGAAAGAUGGGAUCCCCAUCAGUAGCCUCAGAGAGAUCACACUGCUGCUGAGGUUGAGACAUCCCAACAUUGUGGAGCUGAAAGAAGUGGUUGUUGGCAGCCAACUGGAGAGUCUGUUUCUGGUGAUGAGUUACUGUGAACAGGACCUGGCCAGUCUGCUGGAAAACAUGCAGACACCUUUCUCUGAGGCUCAGGUAAAGUGCAUCGUCCUUCAGUUGCUCAGGGGCUUGGAGUAUCUCCACCACAACUUCAUUAUACACAGGGACCUGAAGGUGUCUAAUCUGCUGAUGACAGACAAAGGCUGCGUUAAGAUCGCUGAUUUUGGGUUGGCCAGGAUGUACGGCAUCCCCCAGCAGCCCAUGACGCCUAGAGUGGUCACACUGUGGUACAGAGCUCCAGAGCUCCUCCUAGGGACCAAGACCCAGACUACAGCUCUGGACAUGUGGGCUGUAGGCUGUAUCUUGGCUGAGCUGCUGGCUCACAAACCUCUGCUGCCCGGAACCUCUGAGAUCCAGCAGGUCGACCUGAUAGUUCAGCUUCUGGGAACACCCAAUGAGAACAUCUGGCCGGGUUUCUCUCAGCUGCCCCUCAUCGGUCAGUACAGUCUGAGGAAGCAGCCGUACAACAACCUGAAGAAUAAAUUCACCUGGCUGUCUGAUGCUGGACACAGACUGCUCAACCUGCUCUUCAUGUACAACCCACAGCGCAGAGCUACUGCCAAAGAUUGUUUGGAGAGUUCCUACUUCAAAGAGAAACCUCUACCCUGUGAACCGGAGCUGAUGCCAACCUUCCCCCACCAUCGCAACAAGCGGGCCGCUCCUCCGUCAGAGAGACAAUCGAAACGGAGCAAAGUGUGACGACGGCGGUAACAAUGGCGAGGCAUUUGACACAGAGACGACCCCGUGGCGGUUACAUUCUGGGGAAUUUGAGCUCCAAGGAUGAGGCGUUGGUUUCUUGUCAUACUGCGUUCGUGGAACGUGGAUCUGCUCAUAAAGAGGUUUUACUCUGGAAUUGUGAGCAAAUGCAAGCCCGUUCAAUUAGGAUCAGUUUCAACACGGCUCAAGCCAACAGACUCUGGCACACAUCAACAAAUUGCAGAGAUGAUGUCCUAAUUUAAAAAGGCUGUAACCACACAUUCUGCACUGUAGAUCCAGCUGUUUGCAGCACUGUGUACUGCUUAUAGGCUUAGGAAAAAGCUCUCCUGUUAGGUUUCUAAAGUAUUACUUAAUUUUCCUAUUGCUGCCAUGGUCUGCAGACUAAAUAGGGUGAAGGUAAUGAGGACAAAGUUGCCUUGAUAAAUAUGCCGAGGCAUUGUGUCCUUUCGUGUUGAAACCUUUUAGAUGUGCUAUUAUAACUGUGAUCCGUUUCGAAACUAUUAGAAGGCAUGACAAGUAGGAACUGAACCAACUUGCUUGAGCUCUGCCCGAAGUUACGCAGGUUCAGACCUCUGUUUUUUAAAACCAUAUUGGUGAAAAUUGAUGUAUUAGAAUCACCUCACAACCAUCAGUACGUCUGGAUAACCAGCUGUGUGUCUUGUCAAAGUGUCCUUGAGGUGAAAUACUGAACCCCUGUAAUCUGCUCACUUAUUAUUAGUUGUUAAAGGAAUAGUUUGACACUUUGGGAAA